AUGGUAUGUCUGUUAAAAGGAGGAGAACGAAAAAGCGAUUCAGCUGCAAGCCAGCCGCGAAAAUUUAACGAGGAACCCGCAGCGGAGCAUUUCAGUGCCCCAGGAGAUUUCGCUUGUAAGCCACCCCCCGAUCCCAUUUAUAAAUACACGAUGUCCCUCGACGAGCAAUUCAAGAAAGUCGCUGACAAGGUCAGGAACUGGAAGACUAAGCCAAGUGACAGCGAGAACCUCGCUCUCUACUCCCUCUACAAACAGGCCGUAUUCGGAGAUGUGAACAUUUCUGAACCCAGCGGUAUUGUGGAAAAGGCAAAAUGGAACGCUUGGAACGGACGCAAAGGCAUGUCCCAGGAUGAAGCUAAGAAGCAAUACAUCGAAAUGGGCGAAAAGUUACAUUCUAAGUUCGCG